AUGGAACGCUUCAACUGGAUGAAGCGCUUGCAAGAUCUUUGCGAGCACUUCGCAGGCGUCUUCGUCACUGAUGUCACCGGCUCCUUGGAUCAGGCCCUUGAAGGGCGUACGCGCGAGAAGGUUGCGGUUGCCGUCCCUGUCGCCCAUCGGCUGGUAGAAGUGCCGUUGCUAGGGCUUUCAUUCCCCAGCGGAACCUGUCAGUGGAUGCUUCUGCGGGAAAACGUCGCUGAAGAGUCCAGAUCCAUCUCGUCGCUUCCGACCAAGGUCUCGAAGAAAGCUCGGGCUGGCCCUGUCAAGGAGUCUCGCGGCGUCAUGGUUGCUACUUCUUCCUUCAUCUCUUCCGUAGCCUUGCAAAUGUUCCUGUUCCGAACGCCAUCGAACAUGCCAGGACGUAUCGACGCCAUCCUUGCAACUGCUGGUUGGACAGGUGGCUUGAUCGGAGAAGAUGAUGAAGACGGUUCUGAGAGUGAUAACCCUUGA